GGCUCUGACUUCAUGGAAAUGAUUCUUUUGUCAUUUCAGUUCUCUCAGCAGGUCUGACUGUGAGUCCCAGCAGCUCUCAGUUUUUUAAAGGAGACUUUGUGUCUCUGAUAUGUGAGGAGGACCACAGCUCUGCUGGAUGGACUCCGACGAGAAACACAACAAUCAGACAGAUGAGUCGCUGUGGAGUGGGUGGAUGGGGAAAACCUGCUAAUUCCUCCUGUACCAUGAACUACUUGGUGCCUUCAGACAGUGGUGUGUACUGGUGUGAGUCCAGCUCUGCAGCAGUCAGUAACAGCAUCAACCUGACUGUCACUGGGACACACCCUCCAAGCUCCCAGCUGAGUUCUAUAAAGACAACACCUCCAUAGGGUCUGAGCCAACAGGAACCAUGAGCCUCCAGCAUGUGAGCAGGUCUGAUGAAGGUCUCUACAGGUGUACCAUCAGGGGUCAUGGAGGCUCUGAACCCAGCUGGAUCUCUGUCUCAGAUCUGAAUAUCACAGCUGGACCUGGAGACACUCUCAUUCUGCCUUGUAGAUUUAAUGACAGCAGACCUGUUAUAGUUGUAGAUUGGGACAGAACUGAUCUGGAGUCGGAUUACGUUAUUUUGUACAGAGAUAAUCAGUUUGAUCCAGAGGGUCAACAUCCAUCUUUUAAAAACAGAGCGGAUCUCCGGGACAGACAGAUGAAGGAUGGAGACGUGUCUUUGGUUCUGAACAGCGUGACGACUAAAGAUAAUGGAAUAUAUGUGUGUAGAGUCGACUUCUUUCAACCACACCAAGGGAGGAAACCUAACUUGUUUACUAAUCCCAUCAGCACCAUCAACCUGACGGUUGCUCCUCCUCCUUCAGCAGGAGCAAUUGAAGGACAAGAACACCAGGGAGGAGAGAGUGGAGGAGACCAGGAUGGAACCAGUGCAGGAGAUCCUGGACUGAUUCUGGGUCUGGCAGCUCUUGCUGUGAUUGUUCUGGUGGUUACUGCUGUGGUAAUUAUUAUUAUUGCCAGGAGAAGGUUGCUUCAAAAGGCAGAGGAACAUGUUUAUUGAACCCAACAUGUCUGACAGAACUCCAGAACCAGCAGCAGACACAACAAAGAGCAGCUUCUCAGCUGCAGCAUGUUCCRCUGCUUCCCUAAGUUUAGAUGCCUAAAACGUCCAUCAGACAGCUGCAGCUGAUCCAGAAUGCUACUGCUCCCGUUUUGCAGCAGCAGCAGCAACAAAUAACAGYUGCUGAUCAAAAACAGUACUGUGUUAGUWUUUAUGUUGACUUAAAGAAAGCUUUUGACACAAGUGACCAAUGUCAAAGUAUUCUCCUUGAAAAGCUAAAUAUGAUAUGAACAUGGUAUAAGAGGUCCAGCACUACAGUGGGUAUAUAGCUAUUUGGAAAACAGGAAACAGUUU